AUGGUCAGUCAAAGCGAAGUAAAUGACUAUCAGCGAGAUAUUGUCAGAGACAAAGCGUCCAACUUUCGAGGAAAAGCUCGCGUCAUGCUCAACGUUCUUCGAUUUACGCCUGAGAAUAUAAGAGAUCUCGACAGGGCAAAUGUCGAGAGACUGAAGGCUAUCUACGAGGAGGAAGGGUGCCUCCGAGAAGGGCCAGAGCGUCACGUGCCUGCGAUCAUCUCAUUGGCUGACCUGACACGCGCCAUCGAGUUCACAGGAACCUCAGAGGUAUCUCUCGAUAGACUCCUGGAUAAUCCGAAAGAGCUGCCGCCGCUGCUUAAAUUUCCUCCCAAUGUACACAUUGAAUGCCUGACAGGGAAACAUCGCAUCCAAGCUGCCAGAGAGUCGGCAAAAUUGAGAGCUGUAGACAAGUGGUGGAUAGUGGAUCUCUAUCUAGAAGGAUUGAGCGACAAAUCAAAGAGGGCUUUAUCAGAAGAGUAUUCAAAUUCUCUAAAUUUCUCGGACGGCAUUAUAUUUCUGAAGAUCAUAUACUACGAGUCUGCCGGUGACAAGUUUGCCGAGUUCCAAUGCUGGGCUCGUCUCACAAAGAGUAAGAGGGAUAUUCUAAGACGUUUUUUGGCUCGCAGGGAUAUUAGUGCCGCUUUCAAGCGCCUCCUACCCUUUUAUGGACUCUGGACUAGCAGCAAAUAUGGCUUCAACAUUGGGACGCUUCAUAAGAUGAUCGGAAUGAAUAUGGAACCAGAAAUCAUCCACUAUACCGAGCUCAUCUUCGACACGUGGAAGAAAAUCUUCCGUGAGAACAGAGAGCUGUACUACCUUACGGAUCCAGACACCGUUGCGGAGCUUCAGUCAAGGGCUCCGGGGGCGUCACCGCAUGACUUAAAUAAGGUCACGCAGCUGAUGUCCGAGGGUCAAAUAUUCCGAGAGAUCAGGGACACGAGACAUCGCGGCGAUAUUCUAAGACAGUUAAGUUCAAUCCCCUACCCAAUUCCGACGUUCUACACCCUACGACAAGAUCUCAUAUACAUCAAACCAUGCGCCGCCAUUCUGCGGAGACUAUUCGUGAACUCCAAAAGGAGGUCCAAGUAUUCGAUCCGAGAAGCGGCAGAACAUGCCUUCUCUGGCGUGAACCAGACUGACGGGCAGGUCGUCCUCCAAACUUCCGAGUCCUCUUUCCAGUCGGUUCCUGGAAGCCUCACCCAUCAAAUAACUGUCGGGUACCGGCAAAUCGUCGCCUAUGCGAUGCGCUUCGUGCUGGAUAUGGUUCCUCAGGCAGCGAAGAAAGAAGCUAGAGAGGCAACGCCACAGCCACGGAAACCCAAUCCUGCUUUGUGGCGAGGUAUCGGAACACUGGCUUACCGACUAGGUUUUGAAUCGGAAGAGAUCCACCGGUUGAGGACCAAGGAUGCAGACCGAGCAAUCGCCCGCGACAUGCUGCUCAUGGCUCGCGACCCGAAAAGAUACAAAUACCCGGAUGGGCUCUUGGAGAACUUUGAAGAUCAGAUUGCUGAAAUGAUGAAGACGGCAACGGAAAUGUCGGAGGACAACCCAGUUUCCAUCUCAUCCGUGGACGGGUCAGGCGAGAAAAUCUCGCAUCGCCGAGGGUGGAUUGUCAGCUCCGCCUACGAGAGCAGCCAACCAUUUUUGUUCUUCAAACAUCUCAACAAUAUUGACGAUGAUCUCGGUAAGGGAGUGACAUCUUUCCUUGUUCGAAAAUCAGUCUACAUUGCCUUUUUCGGGAUCGUGAAAUUGCCCUCUGAAGAACCACCGUCCGCUGAGCAGGACAGCCAACCCCCAAAUCAGGAUCCUGGUGAGAAUGGUGGCGAGCCCCACGAUCAAGACGUCAAUAUGCAGGAUCAAAGUGGCGUCGAUACAACCCAUCAAGAGUCGCGUGAACAGGACGUCAACAUGGAAGGGCAGGACACCAACGUAGACGUGCCGCCAGGGACAGAUGCCCAAAGUUUGACCACUAGCCUCAAGAGAGGAAGGUGGAGUGACCCACGUCCACCUUCCCAAUUCCGGUUCGUUUUCGAAAGCCCGCAAAUGUAUCCCAUCGAUACAGGCCAGGCAAAGAAGAUAAUUCUUGGCCAGAAUCCGAACGCGAGCGCACAAAGCAAGUCGGUAGUGAGAAAGAAGCGGCAAAAUUCACCGGCUGCUCCCGGUCACGGAGGCUCGCCAAGACCCACACAGCAAACCUCUGGCCCGAGUGUGUUUGGAUCUCUACCACCGGCAUGCAGGUCACGAUUGAUGUUGGAAUCUCCCUCACCCCAACAGGAAUCUCAACCUAUCCAUGAACAAACUGUGUCAAUCUCGAUCUGGGAAAAUGGCAAAUGGAAUCUUAUGGAGAGCGACUGCAAACGGGACGAAGUUGGUGAGAAGGUGACGCGCCAUCUGUGGAGGAACGAUGGCCUACAUCCCUACGAUGAGGAUGGAAGAGGUCUAUCUGAGGAUCAAUUUUUCGACGUCGUUGUCAAUCAGCGGUCGAGGAUGAUUUACCUUGCUCGACCUCAAGAUGAGUCUACUGCUUUCGAGUUAUGA